GCACCACGUGUUCCCGGACGGCUCUGCUGCUGCCGGCUCGGAACUCAGGGGCCAAGAUGGCGGCGCGGUGGGGAACGGGCGAGGAGACGUUAACCAUCGGAGGAAUGGAGCUCUUCACCGCUUGUGGCCCUCUCCAGUGCCAUGAUCUGGAGGAAGAUGAGACCUGUCAUGGCCUCUCUGAUCUCGCUCUGUCACUGGACGCUGGAGGAAUCCUGGGAACCUUCCAUGGAUACAUUGACAACUCAAUCAUUUCUAUCAUUGACGAUCCUGGUGCCCAGGCAGAGCACAAAGAUCAUUUUGAUGAGGAAAACGAACUGUCUCUGCUGAACGCUCUCACAGAGAUACUGGACAACGCAGAUGAUGAGAAUAUGUCCCCAUUUGACACCAUUCCGGAUACAGAACUCCUGGUGUCGUCCAAGGAUCGAGACGGCAGCUUAAGAUUGCUCGGUUUGUCACGUACACCGCCUGAUCGAGAUAUGUUCUCAAUGGACGGCCAGCGCAGAGCGAAUUCCAACAAAAUUGAUGGACGUUGUUCUGGGCCAAACUGGGAUCUGUUUCCAGAUAUCAUCAGCUCUACACCAAAGAGACGUAACAAUCAUAAAAGUAUGAGGGUAUGUUUACCCCGCAGGUCAGAAGCUGAAGAGACCCAACCGCGAAGUGACGGAGAGGAUGAAGAAGUGCCAACUCUUGGGGACGCUACUAACUAUAACUUACUUUCAUUUGACAAAAACUUCUCGGUGGAAUCUGAAGCGGAUAAUAAUGAUGGGGAUCAUGAGCAGAUGUUAAGGCACGGGACACCGUGUAUCAUAAAUACUGAAAAUGUCACCCUUAAUGACUUGGUAAAAUACAUGCAUCCUUACUGCCUGCCUGCCAUAACCGUGUGCCUGGAGUCAGAAGAUGAGGAAAACCUUCUGAGCGAUGAAGUGUUCCUCGAGAUUGUGUCCGAUCGAGGCGAAUGUAUAAAAGUACCUGUGGUGGUAGAACCCCUGGAGGAAAUGUUUUGCUCAGAGUCUUCAGAUGAUGCCGAAACUGAAGACCAGUCCUCAUCGGAGCAGCGUGGUCCAGAGCUAGAAAGGAAUCAUGAAAAACAAAUUGAUUGUACAAAGACAUUAGAUGAGGUUAAUCAGGAACCUGCAGGGGAGGACUACCAGCCUUUCCCUACAUUGCAAGAUUUAUCUCCUCAACCUCCAGGGGCUGACGUAACGGUUCAGAGGUCUUCAGAUACUGACUCUGCUUGUAUUUCGGAGGAAAUUGCUCCAGACUGUAAGAAAAGUAGUGAACCAGAUAUCACAGUAGCAAAUGACAAGUUGCCAAUGAAGGGAAAGAGAUCCAGCAAAGAAAAGCAGUCCUCGAAAUCUAAGUCGAAAAGUAAAACUAAGAGCGCUACUGAAGACAAAUCUCCAGUUGCCCCAGAAGCGACAGUGGGGCAAAGUGUCGCCCAAACACCUGCAAGCCGAUCGAGUAACCCUUCCCUGCAGGAGUCAGACUUUUUAACUAAGACAUUGGACCAGGUUAAAGAGUCCCAGAUCGAGCAUCGGAUGUCCAAGGUCAGCCGCACCAAGGCGAGAUCUCGAGCAAGCUUAGACGGGUCCAUCCUGGAGAAAAAAUUGACAGAUCUAAAAGUAAAACCUGUUGCUAAGAUUACAGUAGUAGGUGGCAUUGACACAGAUUUAGAGGGAGACCCAAAAACUAAGGACCCCAAAUGUGAGGACACUCAAGAUUCUGUUGUCAAGGUUGAUGAAUUACAGUCUGAUAAAGAAAACGUUUUGGUUUCCGCCGAUAUCUGUGGUGGGGAGAAAUCCUCCAGUAAUGAAGAAUCAAGUGCCUUGAAGGUGGAAGCUGUACAGGAUGGGGACUCUUCUCAGGCCGCGAAGGAAGCAAAGCCCAAGUCACUUAGCUUAAGCGAAUAUAGGAAGAGACUACAGCACCGCAAACCGAACCCCGAUCGAGACAACGAGAAGCUGUCUUCUAGCAAAUGGCCAAGUGUUCCCGAGCCCCCGACAGAAUUGGCAGAGCUGCCUUGCUUAAUGGCCCCUACACAAACAAAUAAACCAUCAGUCGAGGUAAAAACUGCCCACCAAACAAGGGCCGGCAGCGUUUCUGGCCAAGACGUUCCUGUUAGUUCAGCUUCUGCUCCAAUGACAGUGACUCCAAAGCCGAUGGCAAGUCAAGGUGUUCAAAUAUAUGAGAAACCAUGCGAAAUGGCUAUGGAUGUAGCUCCACCAACGCUUACUCCACAACCUAAUCGGCCAUCACCUCCAUUUUAUCCACCUGCCUGGCCAGCUGUCCCUCCACAUCCUUCUUUUUAUCCUGGCAUGCCACCAUUGCCAGUCGUUCCUCAUUAUCCAAAUGUUAUGCCAUCAGUCUUGCCUGUCCAGCCGCCACCAGUCAUAAGUUGGCCUCCCUUUCCACCUCCACCUAUUGCAAUGCCGCCAGUACAUCCUACCGGUUGGGUUUCGGGACCAACAACUAUGUAUUGGCCAAAUGCUCAAGGGAUGCAUGAAAGUCAGUCCCUUCACAGCUCUCCUGAGAAUUCUGUCCGAACCAAUCUCCAAGUUCUGCCUGACCAGAAGAUGGUGCAGGAAACUGUCUCGCCCGUAGAGUGUAGACCCAAGACUGCUGCCCCUCUUCUUGUUCAAACAGGCCGAGCGCCAGUGACUAAGCUUGAGAACGGUGUCCCACCGAAAGAGACCAGAACUGCUGCAAAACCUGAAAGCGGCAAGCAUGACAAGCCUGCAGCCGCUGAUGCCAUUAAAUCCUCAUUGGCUAAGAAAUCUGAAAAUGCGUUGCCCAAAGAUUGUAACAAGGCAAAUUCUCCUCUGCCAGAUCUAAAAUCUGCAAACCAAGUGGUCUUUAAAAUAAUGGAAAUUUUGAAAAAAGCACAGAAAUUAGGUUACCAAAUUAAGCCGUCCUCUGACGCCGCCAUUGCCAACGCACAGCUGGGCAUUCAGGUAGCAUCAUCCGCAGAAGCCUUAAAACCAGAGCCGCCAAAGCAGGCGGUGCUUGCAGAUGUUACGGUGCAGGCAGUAGACAAACCUUCUACACAAACCCCUGCACCGGCAGCAGAUCAGUCUUUGAAGGCUGAGAAGUUAGAACUUGAGCAGAUUCCAGCCAUCGGAAGUGUAAAUGCCCAUGAAGUGGCAGAAGAAAAACUGGCAUCAGCCUGUAUAGUGCCUGACCAAAAAGCCAACGAGCCUGUCCUACUUCCACCUGCUGAAACCCUGACUACAUCUGGGGAAAGCUUCCAGGCGAUAACCGAAUCUGAUCUGAAGGAGCCCGAGAAAAGCUUUACAUGUGAAGCAGGUAUCGAAGCGACAGAUCUUACCAGCUUGCUAGAGCAGUUUGAGAAGUCUGAAGCUAAAGUGGAGGAACGACUCCCUCAAAGUCCUGAUAAAUUGGCUGUAGGAAACUCGGGGACUGGGAAAACAUUGGAGAAAAAAAUUAAUGAGAAACAAUUGGCACCCGAGUUGGUGAACACAGCCGGUCUCACCCCACCUGCGACUCCCCCGCAUCAGCUAUGGAAGUCUGUCCUUACUGGGCCUCUUACUGUCAAAUCCAAACCAUUACAUGGCCAGGAGAAAAGCUGUUCACCUCUGAAGACUACAAAACUCAUUGAGCCGAAGCCGCUGCCACAGAGCCUUCUGAAAAACCGAAACCUUGCCUCUUCUCCAUCGGUAAUGUCACCUCCUAUCCAUGUGGCAUCUGGUGACCAUGAUUACUGCAUCUUAUCCAGCCAGCGUCCAGAGAACCAGUCAGCCAGCACUGUCGAACCUCCUGCUCCACCAUCUGCCUCUGAAGAAGGCUCCCGCUGGAACGUGAAGCACCAUCAGAGCAUCACCAUUAAGCCAAUCGUGCCAUUCCACAAGCGUCAGCAAAGCAAAGCUUGCCCAAAGCAGCCUGCUCCAAGUGCACCUCCGGUCACCAGCGAAAGUACCACCUGUGACAUCGGCAAACCAGUUGCACCUUGUGGUAGCGUUCAGAAAGCUAGCAAAGAUCCCCUAGACCAUAGGACUAACAUUAUGGCAGAAUCUGCAGUCGACAGUCCACCAGGUUCAGUGUUAAUGUCUCCAGACUCAUCACCAUGUCGUAGUGAGAAUGGACAAGGUAGAACUGAUCUGAAACAAGGGGAUGCCUCGGUGUCACGGAGAGCUCUGCGCUGCUAUAGGAAAUACAAGGGAUCCCCCAGUCCCCAAAAAUCCUCCUGGAGGGGCAGGUCUAGUGGUAGUCGCUCAGAUUCAAGAUCCUCCUCGUCCUCAAGGUCUCGGUCAGGGUCUCCUGCUUCAAAGAGGAGAAGAACGUCCAGAUACAAAUCUAGAAGUAGAUCCCGUUCCUCCUCCAGAUCCAGUUACACUACCAGUAGCUCCUCCAGAUCUUCCUCUUGUUCAUCCCGAUCGUGCUCUCCUUCCUCCAGUCGAUCUAGGUCUCGAUCCAGAUCGCCCGACAGGCGGAGAUACCGGAGCAGAAGUAGGAGGUGCGAAUCCAGAGAAAGUUAUAACAGGAGGAGGAUUUUUCAGAAACAGCAAGCCAUAGAGGAGAGGAGAGUCGUGUACAUCGGCAAGAUCAACAGCCAGAUGACGAGAUCGGAGCUGAGACGGCGUUUCUCUAUUUUUGGGGAUAUCGAGGAAUGCACCAUUCACUUCAGAGAACAGGGUGACAACUAUGGCUUUGUGACGUACCGCUGCACCAAGGAAGCCUUUGCUGCUAUAGAAAAUGGCCACAAGCUGCGCCUUCCGGAUGAGUUACCUUUUGAUCUCUGCUUUGGAGGCAGAAGGCAGUUUUGUAAAAGUAAUUAUGCCGAUCUUGAUUCUAACCGCGAUGAUUUUGACCCGGCGCCUGUUAGAAGUAAAUUUGAAUCUCUAGAUUUCGAUACGUUAUUAAAACAAGCACAGAAGAGUCACAGGAGGUAACGCUGCGCCCGCCGUCAGCCUAUAGAAUAACGUAUAUCCAAACACCUUUACCUCAGAACACUGGAUGAAGGCCAUUCACUAAAGACGAGCACGCGACGCCCGACAUCCAGGGCCCAAGUGCUGGAUUAUUUUUUUUUAAAUAAAUGAAAAAAAUAAUCAUAAAAAAAGGUAUAAUUUGUUUUUUUCUACGAUAUUUCUUUUUCUAACCUAUUUAACGGCGCUUAAUGUGCACUCUGGAUUUGACUGCGCAGAUAUGAGGAGAGAAAUCACUAUGCAGAUCAAUAAUAAAUAUAUAAUAUCCUAUGA